AUGACGACGACUUUCCAAGACAAUAUUCCAGAUCAAAUAUCUACCAGUAAUGUUGUUUCAGAACAAGAAAUCGUUGAAGCAAAUCCGAAAUUCACACCGGAAGAAAUUGAAAAAUUAGUUGAAUUAGCUAAUUCUUAUAAAAUAACAGGAAAUGAAUAUUUUGCUAAGAUGAAAUACGAAGAAGCUGUUAUACAGUAUGAAAAGGCUUUGGAUACCUGUCCGGAUGAAAAGAAGGACGAACGAGCUAUUUAUUGGGGAAAUAUUGGAGCAUGUUAUUUUAAAUUGGAAAAGUAUAAAGAUGCUGUAAAUUCAUGUACAAAAGCGCUUGAAAAUUCUCAAACAUAUACGAAGGCUUUAUUACGUAGAGCCCAAUCUAAUGAGAAACUUAAUACCUUUUCAUCAUUAACAUCCGCAUUUGAAGAUUACAAAACACUACAAUCAACAUCUUCUCAUUUCUCAACCUUAAACUCACAAACCCGUAAACAAGUGAACAUUUCAAUUCAACGUUUACCUCCUCAAAUUUCUAUAUUACAAGAAAAAGAAAAAAGUGAAAUGAUUGAUAAAUUAAAGGAUAUAGGGGACAAGUUUCUAGGCAAUUUUGGAUUAUCAACUAAGAAUUUUAAAAUGAUGCAAGAUCCAAAUAGUGGUGGUUAUAACAUUCAGUUUGUUAAUAGUGCUGAGAAAAGUAAUGAUCAAAGUAAUGAAGGAAAUAAUGGUGUCUUUCAAGAAAAAGUGUAUAUUCUGUUGAAUAUAGAGUUAAAGAGUAGUAGUGGAAAAUUAGCACAUAGU